GGGCGGGGUUUCGCGGUGUGGGCCGGGAAGCGGGGCUUCUCCUCGGCUUUCUCUAGCGAUCCUCGGCGGCUGGCUUGGACCCCCGCGGUUGAUCUCUGUAUCUCGGCGGGCCAUUCACCGCAACAUGAAUGAAGCUGACGGCCUGCGGCAGCGGCGGCCCGCCCGGCCGCAAGUGCUUACCGACGAGAACGCGGCGCAGGCAAGCAAGGACAGCAGGUGCGGUACUUACAGCAACAGGGUAUUUCGUGUAACUUUCAUGACUUUAGCUGUGUUAUUAAUUGUUCCAUUAUUUGGAGCGCUCAUUUUUCUGGAGUGUCCAAUAGAUCCUCAGCCUAUUAGCUUUAAAGAACCUCCUCUUCUUACUGGUGCUUUAGAGCCAAAUGUUAAGCUUCGACAAGCAGAAAGAUUAUUUGAAAACCAGCUUGUUGGACCAGAAUCUAUUGCAAAUAUUGGUGAUGUGUUGUUUACUGGUACUGCUGAUGGAAAAAUUGUGAAGAUUGAAAAUGGGAAAAUUUCCACUUUAGCACGUCUUGGCCACGGUCCUUGUGGUACAAGAGAAGAUGAGCCUACAUGUGGGAGACCACUAGGAAUCCGUGUUGGACCAAACAAUACUCUCUUUGUUGUAGAUGCCUAUUAUGGGCUGUUUGAAAUAAAUCCUAUCUCAGGUGCAGUCAGGCCACUUGUGUCUUCAAAGAUUCCUAUUGAAGGGAAGAAUAUAUCCUUUGUGAACGAUCUUACAAUGACUCGGGAUGGAAAGAAAAUCUAUUUUACAGACUCUAGUAGUAAAUGGCAGAGAAAAGAUUAUUCCUUAUUAAUCAUGGAGGCUUCAGAUGAUGGACGUUUACUUGAAUAUGACACAGUCACAAAGGAAGUCAAAGUCUUAAUGGAAGGACUCCGAUUUCCAAAUGGAGUCCAGCUGUCUCCUGCUGAAGACUUUGUGUUGGUGGCUGAAACAACUAUGGCAAGAAUACGAAGGUAUUAUGUAUCUGGUCUAAUGAAAGGAGGUGAGGACCUGUUUAUCGAAAACAUGCCUGGUUUUCCAGACAAUAUCCGUUUAAGCAGCUCUGGAGGUUAUUGGGUAGCUAUGUCAGCUAUUAGAGCAAAUCCUGGAUUUUCUAUGGUGGAUUUCUUAUCUGAAAAACCAUGGAUUAAAAGAAUCAUAUUUAAGCUGCUCAGUCCAGAAACUGUGAUAAAAUUUGUGCCCAAGUACGGCCUUGUGCUAGAAUUAAGUAAUACUGGAACCUACAAAAGAAGCUUCCAUGAUCCAAAUGGAGUGGUGGCAACAUAUAUAAGCGAAGCACAUGAAUAUAAUGGACAUCUCUAUUUGGGGUCUUUCCGAUCCCCUUUUAUUUGUAAGUUGGACCUUAAGGAUGUCUAAUUCUGAGUUGAAAGCAUUACUGCUGUCGCCUUGAAUUACUCUAGAAAGACAAAGAAGGAUGAGACGCAUUUUGGACAAAAAAGAUGAAUGGAAGCACAGUCAGUCAUGAGCGCUGUAACACUGUUUAACUAGCAGAAUGCAGAAUUAGUCCUUAACUUAGGCAUGCCAUAUCUUAAAACCUGUGAAUUACCUUGUUUAAAUUCUCCUUCAAAAUGGUGGGCUGUGUAGACGUUUUUGGUGCACUGUACCUUCUCUAUAGCACCUUUAUUACCUUUCCAGAAGGUAAAUAAAAUACAAAAUUACCUCAUGAAACAAUAUUUGUUGCAUUUAAUAUUUUAGAAAUGCUAUUCAAAUCCAUUAUAUGUAUGUGAUCAGCUUUUCAAAAUUCAAAAUUUUGUCCUGUAAAUACAUCAUUGCUCUGAAGUUGCUAAUCUUAGAUGAUCUAAUACAUUGAACUUAUUUCCAAUUUGGAUCUCUCUUUAUAAGCAUGUUUUAAUGCAUGCACUAUAUAGUAGCAGUGCAAUUUAUAGUUAUAUUAAUAAAUCAAACAUACUGCAGCUGUAAUUCCAUUUCUAAUCAAUGCUAUUUUCUCUGUGGAUAGUUUUAAACACAUGGAAUUACUUGUAUGGGAAUCUCUAAAUCUAAGGCUAAUGUAACUAAUUUCAGAAAAGCUGGUUUGUCCAUUUUAUUGUUCCUCUAUUUAAUCAUCGACAUAAGUCCUUGAGGCAGAAGAAUGUUUUAAUAUGGGGGGUGGGGGUGGGGUUUUGUUAAAAAAAGUCAGAAUGGCAGCCAUAACCAUGCAAUCAAAGCUCUACUGCUUUUUAAACGUUUGUCACUAUGUAUAUUAAAAAUUGAUGGGGCUUUGGUCAGAUGAAUGUGGUGACAUUUUUUUUUACCUGUCUAUUGCAUAAAUCUAUUUAAUAUCCUUAACUUUUAAAUGAGGGAUCGACCCUCGUGCUGCUGAAUAUAACUCUCAGUCUAGCAGACGUGGUGAAUAUUAUUUAAAAUUACAGUCCAGUAACGUGUAGAAUACUGUCAUUUCUCCAUCUUGCAUUAAAUUUUCAUACUAUUUCACUGGUAUAUGAUGGUACUAAUUUCCAAAGAAGCCUCUCUGCCUCUAUCAGCUGAUCAAAACUUCAUUAAUUUAAUAUUAAACAUGAGGUUUAAUCAAAAGUCUGUUAAUUAUGACUGAAACUUCUUUUUUAGAUGCAUAAGAAACUAAUCUUGGCUACCCAAAGCAUAUUUUAUUAAAUAGAUUUGGCAUUAUAAAGUUAAGUGCUUUCAUUAUGUAUGAACAGGUUUUUUUUCCAAAAAUGUUGACAUAAAGAGUUUAAAAAUCAGUAUAAAAAAGUCAUGCAUA